AACUUUCUUGCAUCUUCACCUCCAUCAGCAAUAUUUUGUGUUUCAGCCCUUCCGUCUUCCUUACCUCCAUCCCGCUUUACUCUCCCCUCGUAUUCCCCCAUCCUUCCCUUAUAAUGUCUACUGGAUCUCCAGCUCGUCAUGCAUCUGCUUCUCCCGCAGGAUCACGUUCAUCUUCUCCAAGUACAAGCAUUCAUGACACCUUGACUCUCCGUGCUCUUGUUAACACCAAGGAAGCUGGCGUGAUCAUAGGCAAGGGCGGAAAAAAUGUCGCUGAUCUACGCGAGCAGACUGGUGUCAGAGCGGGCGUCAGCAAAGUUAUCCCUGGCGUGCACGAGCGCGUGCUCACCGUUGGAGGAUCUGUUGAAGCUGUUGCAAAGGCAUACAACCUCAUAAUCUCCCAACUUGUCUCAUCCAGCCCAUCCCCCGUCUCCCUAUCAUCAUCAUCGCCUCAUACCUCAAUCCGUCUUCUAAUUUCUCACAAUCUCAUGGGUACGAUAAUAGGCCGCAGUGGUCUCAAAAUUAAGGCUAUUCAGGAUGCGUCGGGCGCACGCAUGGUGGCGUCGAAGGAGAUGCUCCCGCAAUCGACUGAGCGCAUUGUCGAAGUACAGGGCGCGCCUGAUUCAAUCGGUCGUGCCAUCGAGGAGAUUGGCAAGUGCUUGUUGGAAGAUUGGGAGAGGGGUCAGGGCACUGUUCCCUUCCAUCCUGGUGUUGGUGAUACUACCUCAGGUUCGAGACGAUCAACCAAUGGCUACUCAGCUGGAGCUCGCAGGUCCAAUGGAGAUGUAGCCCGACGUUCGCCUCCGCCUUCCCCCCACUCACCUACCGUUGCACAGUCAGCAGCCAACCUUCGCACGCAGAACAUUUCCAUACCAUCAGAUAUGGUUGGAUGUAUUAUUGGUCGGAGCGGAAGCAAGAUCACAGAGAUUCGGCGGCUGUCUGGAUCUAAGAUCUCCAUUGCCAAAGCUCCACAUGACGACACGGGCGAAAGGAUGUUUACCAUCGUUGGCACUCCAGAGGCCAAUGAAAAGGCUCUUUUCCUGCUUUACAAUCAGCUCGAAAGCGAGAAAGAGAGGAGGGUUGGCAGAGAACAGCAGCAGCAAGAGGAGUAAAUCGAUAUACACGCAAUUCUGGGCCCUCCUCCCUACCAGCACACGAGUACCAUAUGUAUCAUGUCCCAUCCAUUACUUCGCCACUUCUUGUCUUGCCUGUUGUCCGCAGGCUGUCUCGGUCGUACUCUGUGUGUCCAUCGCCUCUUGCCAUCUGGUACAACAUGUUUAUAAUGUCCUCUUACCCGCCUGUGCAUCCCUGCUAUCCCCUUCCGUCCAAAAACCCUACAUUGAUACAUGUCUUUCUCUCGCCGUCUCCCUUCGCCUUCUUGCCUCGCUCUCAUGCCUGUGUUUGCCAUCUUUCCCUCUCGCCUAAAAACCCAUCGUUUCCACUGUCAUGCGUUACAUACAGCACAUUGUAGUACACGUACUCACGGACGAUAAAUCUAUGCACGUAUAAGUACUGCUGUUGUUGUACGGUUGUUCUUCAUAGCUUGGGACUACUUUCUGAUCACGUGUGUUUGAGUGCAAAGAAUUUUCGACGCGUGCGCU